AUGGGUCUUUUUAGCUUCUUUAAAUUCUUCAAGUUGCGUUGCUUCAGCUUCACAGCGUCGCGUGAUUGGUUAUUCCGUCAAUCAUUCGCAAACGCCGGUCUACGUUCCGUCACCACCGAUCUAACUCACGGAAAUUCAAUCUCAUCAACAGAUAUGCAUUGUUGGAUCCCUAAAUCCCCAAAUCGAUCUAAACCUAAUCUCCUCCUCGUCCACGGAUUCGGAGCAAACGCCAUGUGGCAAUACGGCGAACAUCUCCGAGCUUUCACAGGUCGAUUCAACGUCUACGUUCCAGAUCUCCUCUUUUUCGGAUUAUCUUCCACAUCGGAACCGGAUAGAUCCGAAUCGUUUCAGGCUCGGUGUUUGAUGAGGUUAAUGGAAGCGCACGGAGUACAGAGGAUGAAUAUCGUUGGGAUUAGUUACGGUGGAUUCGUUGGGUAUAGUUUAGCGGCGCAAUUUCCAGAGAAAGUAGAGAAGAUUGUGCUAUGUUGCGCUGGGGUUUGUUUGGAAGAGAAAGAUAUGGAGGAUGGUUUGUUUAAGGUGAUGUGUACGGAAUUUGUAGAAGAGAAGAGAGAUUUGAUUAAAUCAAUACUCAAGAACCGAAGACUUUCUGAUCUUCCUAAGAUCAAACAGAAAUCGUUGAUCAUAUGGGGAGAAGAAGAUCAAAUAUUUCCAUUGGAACUAGGUUACAGAUUAAAAAGUCAUAUAGGAGAAAAUGCAGAGAUAGUGGUGAUAAAGAAAGCAGGACAUGCUGUGAAUUUGGAGAAGUCGAAAGAGUUUCUCAAGCACUUGAAAUAUUUUCUCAUUGACUCUUUGUGA